GAAGUUGCUUUCAAUUUCUGACUGUGAAUGUGCAAUCAAGGUCUUCCCAUACACUAGUUAAGAAAAAUCGCUUUUAAUUAUAUAUUUGUAAUGGAUGGGCUUAUAGAGCCGUAUUUAGUUAAAGCUAUAAGUCUUUUGCAUUCUAGUGCCAAAGAUUCUGGUGACCAAUUGAAAGCUAUGCUGGAUGAAGCAAUAAGGUUAAAAAAUGAAACCAACAACUCCUCAUCUGUGAGCAAAUUGCCCCCACCUUUCACUAUGAUCAAAAGAGAAACAAAAAAGAAAAAUGACUUUUUCUAUGAUGAAGACAUUCCUCUUAGUAAAAGGAGAAAGGAAUCUCCACGUUCUUCCCAGCCUUCUUCCCCAGCAACAAGUGUUUUUGAGAAAACCAAGGAACCUAAACGAAAACAUGACACUGUGUUUAAUGAUGAAGAUGUUAAGAAAUUUAAGGAUUCCCCUCGCUCAUCACAACCAGGAUCACCAGCUGGGAGUUCUCCAAUACAUAUGGGAUCACCAAGCGCGACGCGUAAAAACGACGACCUCGAUUCUUUGAUCGAUGCCGAUGACUUGGCGCAAGAAAUCAUGGAUCUCCACUGUGUAAUCUGCAAUGGUCUGGAUGUAACCUCUGGAAACCAGCUUGUAGAGUGCCAAGAAUGUCAUGGUCUUUAUCAUCAAGAAUGCCACCAACCAAACAUUAGCGAUGCCGAGGUCAACGAUCCUCGAUCCGUCUUUUUCUGUUCAGAUUGCAGCAAGUCUAUAAAGAAGACGGCUAGUCGACCUAAAUCAAGUAGCAGUAGAGAGAGCCCUAUCACGUUUUACAAGAGCCGAUCUGAUUCGCCAAACUCGGUAAGCGGCAAAAGCAGCGCUGGUUUAAUGGCCACUUUCAACAAACAACAAACCCUGCCACACAAGUCGACUGGCGGAAGCGGCACGUCAAGCAAGUCAACGAGCUCAUCAAGCAGCAGUAGCAAUUCCUCGUCGGGAAAUAAUACGAUUGGCAACACUUCUCUCAUCAAUGCCGAUAAACGACUCCAGAACAUUAAAAAACGAGCUGCCACAAAAUUGCAAGAGAAGCGCAAACCUGGAAAGUAGUCCAUUUCUUUCUGUACAGGAUAAGGUAUUAAUUCUGUUUUUAUUGAGCUCAUCCUCAUAAACAAUUAUUCAGACCAUCA